AUGGUAGUCAGUGCUGCGAACAAGUCGUAUGCGCAGGCGUUGAGAUUCCUGAGGCCGAGGGGAACGCUGGUGUGUAUUGGGAUGCAGGAGGGGGAGCAGGUCCCGAUUGGGACGGAGUUUCCGGCGAGGAUUACGAAUCAGCAGUUUAGGAUUGUGGGCUCCGCAAUCGGAAACCGCAGGGAAGCUAUCGAGGCUCUAGAUUUUGCAGCGAGAGGUCUAGUCAGAUAUCGUAUCAGGAUCGAGAAGUUGGAGAAUCUGAGUAAGGUAUUCGAAGACAUGCACGCUGGGAAGCUUCAAGCGAGAGUUGUAGUUGCGCUGCCAUAA